AUGCCGCCUUCGCUCAAUGGCCAUGGGCCUGCUAGCCCUGCUUCAUUUGGCUUCUCAGACGCUGACCUAACAGCCUUCACCAGGCGUUUCGAGCAUUUUCAACAGUUUGAAGAGGAAAAGACGCAGUUUUUAGCAGAGAUUGUUACUCGUUACGAAUACAUUUAUCAGCAGUACCAGGCAUUAGCAAUCGAACGCGAACGCGACCGCGUAUGGGUUACUGCAUGGAAAAACGAGAAGGUGCAGUACGAAAAGAAGCACAAUCACAUGCUGCGAGAGAUGUCCGAUAACUCAUUCGUCACAGUACUCAUUGACGGCGAUGGCAUGAUUUUUUGUGACAAAUAUCUUGGUGACGGUGAACAAGGUGGCCGUCGCGCUGCUUUAGAUCUCUCCGCUGCCGUCCAGGAAUACGUUGACAACGACUGUAACGAUAUCCCCUACGGAGCCCGUAUCGUCUGCCGCAUCUAUGCGAGCGUGCGGGGCCUCGGCGACGUGCUUGUACGCAAAGGAGUCUACCAAGAUCCCUCGGAGUUUGAAAAGUUUGUGCGCGGCUUUACACGGGGCAAAACGCUGUUUGACUUCAUCGAUGUUGGCGCGGGAAAAGACCGUGCUGACGAAAAGAUCAUAGAAUCAUGCAAGCUAUACAGCCAUGACUAUCAUUGCCGGCGGAUUCUCUUCGGUUGCUCGCACGACAACGGUUACGCGCGGAUGCUAGAGGAAUGCUCUGAUCGUCCUGAGCUGGUCAAUAAGAUCAUUCUUCUUGAAGGCGUCCCGUUUGAGAAGGAGCUCGUGAAUUUGCCAUAUGACACGAAGAAAUUUCCUGGGAUCUUCCGCGAUACAAAGAUCGUGUUUUGGGGGGCUCCUAUAUAUAGUGGCGGUCUUCCACCAGCAUUUGUUCCCGCCCGCAGGGUCGAUUCGAAUGACAGCUCGAAGGCAUCUGUAUCAUCGACAGGCCUGCCUACCCGGUUCCCACCUCCAGCAAAAUCUCCAGUCAUGGAUAGCCCUCUGCCGAGCCGGGCUACGAUGAUGGGACUGCCUAGAACGCCAUCAACAUCGACACUGGCCUCGGACGGCAUGGUUGCAGCAACCAAGCCAGUGCUGCCGAUGAACUGGGCUGCCAAGGUCGCUGCUCCACCGCCUCCUAUCAACCACUCGUCUCCCACAUACAAACCGGCUAAUCGCGAGGAAGUCAUCGCUCGCAAUCGCGCCGGUCAACGCAUCGACCCACCAUGUAAGGACUACGACAAGAUCGAAGUGGACCGCGUCAAGAAGAUAAAGAUGUGCAACGUCCAUUUCCUCCGGAACGAGUGCCCUUACGAAAAGAACUGCACGCACCUCCACGCCUACAAGCCCACUGAAAGCGAGGUGGCUACCCUCCGUCUCGUCGCUCGCAUGGCACCUUGCAGCAACGGUAGCGGUUGCCAGGAUAUUAGGUGUAUCUAUGGCCACUGUUGCCCGGCGCCCCACAAAACCCAUCAUAUCAAGGGCACGAAGAACUGCAUUUUCGGCGACUCGUGCAAGUUCCCGAUUGAGCUGCACGACAUCGACACCAACGUGGUCAAGACGCUGGUUGUUCGCUAG